AGUUGACGUUGACUAUGUGUAUGCGCGACUGUAUUGCAAUAGUGAGUCCGAUGGUGGCGGCACUCAGAUGACGUGUUAAAAUUUCAUUACGACUGUCAAUUUCUCUCGGUCACAGCGAUUACUUUGCCGUCGUCGCAUUCGAUUCUUUUACAUUAUUUUUCAUUUCAAAAUAAAAAAAAAACCAUUAAAAAAUUGAAAGAAAUUUUUUUCUUCAAAACGACGGUGAUUCAGAAGUGAUAACAUCAUAUACUGAGCUAAUACAAUGAGUUCGUUUAAACGUGAUAAGAAGGAAGAAGAAGAUGGCGGUGGCAAUCCAUUUCAAAACAUUGAUAAAACAUCGGUGUUGCAAGAGUGUCGCACAUUCAAUGAGUCUCCAGUCAAUGCCAGAAAAUGCACGCACAUCUUAACCAAAAUUUUGUAUUUGAUCAAUCAGGGUGAGGUGUUGGCAGCUCGUGAAGCUACCGAUUGUUUCUUUGCAAUGACCAAACUCUUCCAAUCAAAAGAUGUGGUUUUGCGUCGCAUGGUCUAUUUGGGCAUCAAGGAGCUUAGUACAAUUGCCGAUGAUGUUAUUAUCGUAACCAGUUCGUUGACAAAAGAUAUGACAGGCAAGGAAUAUUUGUAUCGUGCAUCGGCCAUUCGGGCUCUAUGCAGUAUCACUGAUAACACAAUGUUGCAAGCGGUCGAAAGAUAUAUGAAACAGUGUAUCGUCGAUAAGAAUGAGUCGGUAUCGUGUGCGGCCUUAGUUAGUUCGGUGCAUCUCGCCAAUUCGGCAGCAGAUGUGGUUAAGCGAUGGGCAAACGAAGCUCAAGAAGCAUUGAACAGUGACAAUAUUAUGGUGCAAUACCAUGCACUCGGUCUGUUGUAUCGCAUCCGUAAAACGGAUCGUUUGGCCGUUUCGAAAUUGGUCAACAAAUUGACGCGUCAAAAUCUAAAGAGCCCAUACGCAAUUUGUAUGUUGCUUCGCAUUGCAUGCAAAUUGAUUGAAGAUGACGAUGAGGCCGGUGGCAAUUCGGAAAAUGGCCUCAUGGAGUUCAUCGAAAAGUGCUUGCGUGAAAAGAGUGAAAUGGUUGUUUACGAAGCAGCCCACGCUAUUGUAAAUCUCAAGCGAACAAGCGCCCGUGAGCUAGCACCAGCAAUCAGUAUCUUGCAAUUGUUCUGCAGUUCACCAAAAGCAACACUUCGUUUUGCUGCCGUACGCACAAUGAACAAAGUGGCGAUGGUCCACCCGGUUGCAAUAACCACAUGCAAUUUGGAUUUGGAAGGAUUGAUCACCGAUACCAAUCGUUCAGUGGCCACUUUGGCCAUCACAACACUGCUUAAGACCGGCGCUGAGAGUUCCGUUGAACGGCUCAUGAAGCAAAUUGCCACAUUUGUUGCCGAAAUUUCUGACGAAUUCAAAGUCGUAAUUGUGCAAGCCAUUCGUGCCCUAUGCACCAAAUUUCCACGUAAGCAUUCCGUUUUGAUCAAUUUCUUGAGUCAAAUGCUGCGCGAAGAGGGCGGUUUGGACUAUAAAACAUCGAUUGUUGACACCAUGAUCACAAUCAUCGAAGAGAAUCCAGAGGCAAAAGAAGCCGGACUGUCACAUUUGUGCGAAUUUAUCGAAGAUUGUGAGCACACGUCGUUGGCGGUGCGCAUUUUACAUUUGAUGGGCAAAGAAGGACCAUUCUCUAAUUCACCAUCGAAAUACAUUCGUUUCAUUUACAAUCGCGUAAUUUUGGAGAAUGCUACCAUUCGUGCUGCGGCCGUUGCGGCUCUAUCACAAUUCGGUGCCGCUUGUCCGAAUCUAUUGCAAAAUAUUCUAGUGCUAUUGGAACGCUGUCAAAUGGAUACGGAUGAUGAAGUUCGCGAUCGUGCCACAUACUAUUUGACGAUUUUGCAACAAUCAAAACCGGAACUCAACAAAACAUACAUCACCGAAAAACCAUCACUAUCGAUUCCAUUGCUUGAGAAGGCAUUGCGUGAUUACUUGCAAACACCGUGCACGGAAACAUUUGAUUUGUCUUUGGUGCCGAUUAGUGCACCUGUCAAAGAGGAGGUUCAAAACGACGCUAUGAUUAUCACCAAUUCAAUUGCAAAAGCGCCCAAGAUCACCCGCGAGGAAGCCAAUGCCGAACGUCUAUCACAAAUUCCAGGCAUUCAACGAUUGGGACCGCUACACAAAUCAUCCGCAUCGGUGCAAUUAACAGAAAAUGAAACCGAGUAUACCGUUCAAUGUGUUAAGCACUGUUUCAAUAACCACAUGGUAUUCCAAUUUGAUUGUGUCAACACACUUUCCGAUCAACUGCUUGAGAAUGUUCGCGUUGAGCUUGUGGCGCCCGAAGGUUUCAUCAUCCGUGCCGUGAUUCCAUGCACUAAAUUACCGUACAACGAAACGGGUUCGACGUAUGUGAUUGUCGAAUUUCCGCAUGAUGUUGGCAAUUCAGCCGCCACAUUUGGAGCCACACUGAAAUUCAUUGUGAAAGAUUGUGAUCCGAAUACGGGCGAACCAGAUUCGGACGAGGGAUACGAUGAUGAAUACAUGCUUGAGGAUUUGGAAAUUUCCGUCGCUGAUCAAGUGCAGAAAGUUACGAAAAGCAACUUUACCAAUGCUUGGAGUGCUGCUGACACGGACGCCUGGGUCGAAUUAGAGGACACGUAUGAAUUAUCCGCUGUAAAUACACUACAAGAUGCCGUCAACACAAUAUUGAAAUUCCUUGGCCUUGCCGCUGACACGGGCUCUGGGAAAGUUGGCCAGGGUGUUCAUACACAUACACUGCUCAGUUCCGGCACCUUUCGUGGCGGACACGAGAUAUUGCUGCGCGCAAAAUUAGCCUUAUCCGAUGGUGUAGCGAUGCAAUUGACAGUAAGAUCGACGAGUCCCGAAGUGGCCGAACUGGUUUCAUCCGCGAUAGGUUGAUGAUUUUCCGACAAUUUCCCGUGCGAAUACGAGUAUCGUGGUUAUUAUAUGAAAUUAAAAUUACUGUAAAAAUUAAUAUAACUGGAGAAAAACAAAGAGAAAAAUUUGUCGUUUUCCAAGAACUCAACAUAAAAAAAAAUGAACCAAUAAACAGAUAAUUAAAUGAAAAUAAAAGAGAAUAGGCUAAUAUGAAAAUGGAUUUCACAUUCAAUAAAAACCGAGAAAAUAGAUUGUAAUUUACAUGCAUUUGUUUCGUUCAAGUGGAAAACCAUUCUUAUGUUUUAACUCCUUUCCUGCAAAGCCUCUCGAAGCAAUUGUGUUUUUUUUAAAUAAAAAAUUGACAUUUCAAUUUCGGAACGAUUUAUAACUACUUCACAUUCAUUACAUUUGAAUAAAGAGAACAUUCAAAGAA